GCUACCGCCGUGCCUCGCCUUCCUCCUGGGCCUCCGCCGCCGCCGCGAUGGCCCAGCAGCAGGUGAGCAGCUCGCAGAAGGCGCUGAUGCUGGAGCUGAAGGGGCUGCAGGAGGAGCCGGUGGAAGGCUUCCGCAUCACCCUGGUGGACGAGUCGGACCUCUACAACUGGGAGGUGGCCAUCUUCGGGCCGCCCAACACCCUCUACGAGGGCGGCUACUUCAAGGCUCAUAUUAAAUUUCCUAUGGACUACCCCUAUUCACCACCUACCUUCAGAUUCCUGACCAAAAUGUGGCAUCCCAACAUUUAUGAGAAUGGAGAUGUAUGUAUCUCAAUCCUUCACCCACCUGUAGAUGACCCUCAAAGUGGAGAGCUGCCAUCAGAAAGGUGGAACCCCACCCAGAAUGUCAGGACUAUCCUACUGAGUGUAAUUUCCUUGCUUAACGAGCCCAACACCUUCUCUCCAGCAAACGUGGAUGCUUCGGUCAUGUUCAGGAAAUGGAGGGACAGCAAAGGAAAAGAUAAAGAAUAUGCUGAGAUCAUUCGGAAACAAGUCCAGGCAACCAAGGCAGAAGCCGAAAAGGACGGUGUGAAGGUUCCCACCACGUUGGCAGAGUACUGCAUCAAAACUAAAGUGCCUUCCAAUGACAACAGCUCGGAUUUGCUUUAUGACGACUUGUACGAUGACGACAUUGAUGAUGAAGAUGAGGAGGAAGAGGAGGAAGAGGAUGCCGAUUGUUACGAUGACGAUGAUUCUGGCAACGAGGAGUCGUGACCGGCUCCCUCGGGGUCCCCCCCCCCGUAAUGCCCUGCCCGUUUUGCCAGGAAGGAGCAGCAGUUGACCAGUGACAGUUCAGCAAAAAAUAUAUAUAUACACGUGGGGAGGUGGGGGGGGAAUGGGGUCAAUACCAACCCAACCUGCAUCUCCUGCUUUCUCCCAUUGUAUGGAUCUCGGUCCCCCCCCCUUUCCUGCUCUCUCGGCCUCCUCGUGAGAAAGUCCUUUUUCUGCAGAUUGACUCCAUUCUUGCAUUCUUUCCUGUCCCUUUCCUGUGGUUCUGAUUCCCCCACCCCUUCCUUUUUGGGGGGAAACUAAAUGGAUGCUUUUCCCUCCUCAACUUCACUUUGCUCUCACCCCCCCCCCCCCCGCCAG